AUGUCCUGGCGGGGCCAACGUGUGUUUUGGUGUUGGACGCGCCUUGGCCGCAAGCUGCAGCGAAGCUGCAGCUGCAACCGCGGGCUCUUUUUCACGUUAGUACGAGUUUCUGGCUGGCCGCGUUUUUCGCGGCCUCGCAGCGAAGGGGCCAUUUCAGAGCCCCACUAUGUGUUCGAGAGCGAUUACAGGCUCGUCGAGUCUCUUCAGUCCCCCCCCCCUCUGUCGUCGCCCAUUGCCGGCACCGCGAACGGGAGGAUCUUGGGGCUCGACCCCCCGCGGCGCAGGAGGUCCUUCGCCUGCUCGUGGGGCGAGCCCUGA